UGAUUUACGUAAAAGUAUUUUAUGACCAUUUCUUCUUUCUUUAGUUUAUAUCACACAUGUCCUUUCUCAUCUGACUCAGCAGUACGGUGAAGUAGUACACUAAAUGUGCCCUAAUGAUGUGCCAAGUUUACUAUGCUCCAUUAUGCUCGUCACGCAUCUCGCGCUCUGCAAGCACUUUCCCGCUGCACCUGUCAAACGGCGCGGGCAUGGAAGCGUCAAAUUUUGAAUUACUUUCUUAACGGCUGGUUUGCACAUUGUUAGUCUAGCUAGGUUAUUGGAACCUGAACAUCACGAAAGUAGACAUUUAUGUAGAGUGAGACAGUUUUCUGUAUUGCAAUCAAUAACCAAAAUAUUGGAGUUGACAUCAUCGUUAUCACAUUUUAUUUUAUGAGAUGACAGUUGCCUAGGCUACUGUUGUAAAUAACAUCCGGAAUGUCGGGGUAUUCUCACUCAAAUCAUCAUCAGGAUUUCAGGCUGCUCUCCACAGAUUCAUCCCAGCAGUGUGAGGGGCUGGCGGGGGACCUGCCCUCUCUGUCCUGGCUCACCACUGUGGAUGUUCCCUCCCUGCAGCAAAGGGCUUGCAGCAGGCUGACUCCCAGCACGGAACCUCAGGACUGCAUGCAGGAGUCUGACACAAGCAGCAGCAUGAGAACAGCACAUGGCACCAUAAUGUGUCCAUACAGCGACACACAGAGCACUUACAUGGACGUGAACUCACACGACACUCAAAACGGAGGAUAUCCAGGAAUCCAGUACACCUCAGACCUCUAUGACUUCUCACCACAACUGGUCUGCAGCCCAUCUCAGGAGACUCACCCCUCUCCUCUCUGCAGUGGAGGCUCUGACCUGGGCCUGUGUGAGCAGCAACAUGGCCACAGUCGCUACAGCAACCAUGACCAGCAACACACCAGGCCCUUCCCCAAACCCAUGUACUCCUACAGCUGCUUGAUAGCCAUGGCUCUGAAGAACAGCCAGACAGGCAGCCUGCCGGUCAGUGACAUCUACGGAUUCAUGAGGGAGCACUUUCCUUACUUCAAGACAGCCCCGGAUGGCUGGAAGAACUCAGUCAGGCACAACCUGUCCCUGAAUAAGUGUUUCCAGAAGGUGGAGAUGAAGCAGGGGAGCUCUGGGAAGGGCUGUCUCUGGUCCCUAAACCCCACCAAGGUCAACAAGAUGGAGGAGGAGAUCCAGAAGUGGAAACGUAAAGACCCUGUGGCCAUCCGCCGCAGUAUGGCCAACCCUGACGAACUGGAAAAGCUGAUGUCAGACCGUCAAGAAGGCUCUCAGGGAAGGGCAUGCUGGGACCCCAGGAUGAGCUGUGUCCCCUGCAGGCCCCGCGGGCCUCCGCUCUCAGGCCGCCUGCCUGGGGCUCCCUUCUACCUCCAGGCUCACGCAGGCCGAGGGUCCGGCUCCCCUCUUCCUGCCCAGACACCCCCUCUCCACCCUGGCCUAGACUUCUCCCACAGCCCCCUGGCCGCUCAGAACCCCUACCAGACCCCCCACCCUCUGCUCAACCAUCACCCAGACUACAUGGUCGAGGUGGACACCAGCUUCGUAGAUUUCGCAGGUUGUCUGUGGGAGGAGAUGAGGGAGGAGGGUUACGACCUGGACACCGUGGGCCUGUUCAGCGGCUCCCCGCUGUGUGUGUCUGAGCGUGAGCUGAGCGUCCCCCUGGCCCAGCAGGAGGACAGACACAUGGAGGACCUCUACACCACCCUGGCCAUGGCCACCGCUGUCCCCUCUCCCUACAUCACCACACAGGACGCUGGCCAGUCCAUGAUCCUGCUCUGACUUCCGGGGGAAUCUUUUAACACUACGGAACUGAGGACAUUUAAAUGUGUUUAUUGCCCACAACAUUUUGAUAGGAUGUGUUUAUACGUUAGUUAGCUUUGUUCGAUGUUGUACAGUUAUAUUCCGCAAUUAAAUUGAGUAGAGACACAC